AUGCCUACUUCAGAACAUGCUUGGUGUGAAAGGUGCCGCCGAGUGUUUAUUUCAGACCCCGCCAAAAAUGCCCAUCUUCGAGAGUCGCGCAGGCAUAAUUUCUGUUCAGCUUGUCCUCAAUCAAGAGAUUUUAAGACUCCUGAAGAGCUUGAAGAUCAUUCAGUGGACGCUCAUCACUUUUGCCCCGAUUGCAAUAUGUAUCAUAAUUCUGCUGGAGAACUUCGAGAUCAUGAUGUCGUGAAGCAUUACCUUUGCGUCAGAUGCGAUGGCUACUUUGGUAAUGACAAUAAUCUACGAAUGCACCAGCAGAAACACCAAACCCGAAGUAUGGAAUGCUAUGGCUGUUACCAGACCUUUAAAUCCCUCUCUGGAAUGCUUAUCCAUCUGGAGUCUGGAAAUUGCCCGUCAAGGGCUACUGAGGAGGAGAUUGAUAACAUAGCCCGCAAAUGUUAUCAGAGUCGGAAAUACAUAAUUUCUGAGGAUGGAGGGUGGCUAUAUAGAUGUCCCAGCUGUAGCAAGGAGUUUCUAAAGCUUUCUGCGCUGUAUCAACAUGCUGAGGACACCCCACGAUGCUCCUUUCUUUCAAAAGGCCAUGAGUGUCUGGCCAAACUCGAGCAUUUCAUUGCUCGCAGCAUACAUCGACAACCUUCAGAACUCGUCUGGGUUAAAACUCCAAGGAACUCUAAUGGUUUCACUUCCCAUUAACACUUUCGAGAUACAAGAUUUCUUGUAUCAGUUUAACCUUGUAGAUUAAACCCCACUCAGCAG